AUGUACCGCCACCGGCUCAUCUACCGGAAGAUGAAGGCCGAAGCCUGGGACGGUAUGAACAGACUGUUUAGUACGAGAAAUUCAUUGCAGCCAGAGCUGGUCGGGAAUCCCCACGUUGUGCCUCCGUACAAUCUCUUGCAAAUCACCGAAUCUGCAUUCCAGCGAGAAGUUGAAAAGAUUUACGAAGGAUCGUCCAAGCAGACCAGAGGCAUCUACGACAUUGUCGGUGGCAGCAACGGGAAUUGGGUCAUCCGUUGGAUGCUCUGGCGGGUCAUCCAGAGCAGACUGGCUGAAGAUGCGCUGGCGACCAGCAGUGAAGCAGACACCACCUGCUCCAGACCUUCCACAUGCUCUUCGACCACAAGGAGCCUCUUCACGGGCUCRCAGGCAGGCUCGACGURCUACACCAUCGCAUCUUCGCACGACUUUAGUGAUAGCGAAGGCUGGGACGACAUGGAAAGCAAGAUUAAGAUCUUCAAAGAGGAAUCCGAUUGCUCCUUCCGAAAACCGGCCACUCGGAAUCGAAACUCCUUCUGGGCAGACGUUAUGAAUACUUGA